AUGCGCGGUGGCGCUCUUUUUUCCCUAGGUGCCCUUGUACUUCGAGAAAGAGAUGUACCUGCAGUCGUCACCUUGAAUAUUCAACGCAAUGACAUUUCCGAUCCUGUGGCUAGAGACCGUGUAAGACGCAAGCGAGAUUACACGGUCGAGCAAACAAUCGAUAAUGAAGAAACACUGUACUUUUGCAAUGUAACUCUCGGCACCCCAGAACAAAGCUUGCGCCUGAUUCUCGACACUGGCAGCAGUGAUCUAUGGACAAAUGCCGCCAACUCAAGUUUCUGCUCCUCCUCCAAGGAUCCGUGUAAUGCAUCCGGGUCCUAUGACCCAAGCUCCUCUUCGACGUAUACAUACGUCUCAUCCGAUUUCAACAUCACCUAUGCAGAUGGUUCCGGAGCAGCCGGUGAUUAUGUAACGGACACCAUUCGCAUCGGUGGCGCAAGCCUCGAAGAUUUCCAGUUUGGAGUCGGAUAUACGUCUAGCUCAUCAGAGGGUGUCUUAGGCAUUGGUUACACAUCCAAUGAGGCCCUUGUUUCUCAAAACGGAGAGACCUAUCCUAAUUUACCACGAUCAUUGGUGAAAAAUGGCUUGAUACAAUCAAACGCCUAUAGUCUGUGGUUAAAUGACCUAGACGCGAAUACAGGCUCGAUCUUAUUCGGAGGUGUAGAUACGAAAAAGUAUCACGGAGAGCUACAAACUCUCCCCGUCCAAACUGUCGAUGGCGCGUAUUCAGAGUUCAUAAUCGCACUAACGGGUGUGAAGUAUAGCAACAAGUCAACAAGCCGCUCAUACUCUUCGAGUUCACUCCCUGCUGCAGUUCUUCUUGAUUCCGGAAGCUCUCUCACGUACCUACCGGACUCUGUUGUGGAGGAUAUCUAUAAUGAUCUUGACGUGGUGUAUGAAGAAUCUACUGGAGCCGGAUACGCACCCUGUAACAUGGCCCAAGAUAACAUCAACAUAACAUUUACAUUUACAUCGCCUGAAAUUACGGUUAGCAUCGAUGAGCUUCUCAUCGACGCCGGAGACCUUCAUUUUCGGAGUGGUGAGCGAGCUUGUAUAUUUGGUAUUGUGCCCGCCGGGGACAGUACUGCUGUUCUAGGGGACACAUUCUUGCGCAGCGCAUAUGUCGUAUACGAUCUGUCAAACAACGAGAUCUCCCUCGCAAACACGAACUUUAACUCGACGGGAAGCAAUAUUAAAGAGAUUGGAAGCGGAAGUGACGCUAUUCCGGGUGCUACGGUGGUAUCCAAUCCUGUCACAUCCGUCGUGGCGGAUGGGUCGGGAGCCAGAAUUGGGGGUCCAACAGGCAGUGGAUUCACUUCGUUGCCAUCAACAACAAGCACGGGGUCUGCCGCAAGAGGGCCUUCUGAUGUUCCGAAACACCUCGCUCUUGGGGCGGCGGCUAUCGGGUAUAUGUUUACGUUUUAA